AGCUAGUGGUCUCGCUCUGGCGCGAGUGUUUGCCUUGGAGAGCGAGAGCGCGCGUGUGAGUGCGCGCAUGCGAUCUCACUCUUCGGUUGGACUGCCAUUCGUCGUUGCUUCGUCGCUCGUUUCGCUCGUCCGAUGCGAGGGCCGAGUCGGUCGUCUGAAGAGCCGACGACGACCUGCGUGCGUUUCGCCUGGCAGCAGCAGCAGCGCGUAGCACUGCUCUGCCUCUGCAGUGCCGUCGCCGUUUACAGUUUUUGUUUGGAGUUCGCGUGAAGCGCACGAACCGCCGCACAUUGAAACGCAGCAGCAGCAGCAGCAGUUAGCAGCCGCCGCCGCAGCAGCCGCCAACAAAAAGCGAGAAACAGAGUCGCCAAGUCCGUUAGCUCCCAGAGAAUUCUCGCGUCAGCUGUUUUCUGUUUUCGUCGCGAUCGGAUCACCGUGUACCGUUUACCGUUGGUUCUUCUCUUCUUUUUUUUGAUCGACGCGCCAGAGAGAAUCCAAAUAGUUUUUUUCAAGUGUGAAGCGAAUGAAAAAGGAAUAAAAAAAGGAAGGAGAAGGCCGAAGAAGUGUCAAGUGGAUAACACCAACAACAACAAAUACGAAUACGAAUACCAAAAGAGAGCAACAAAAAGAAAUACAAAAAGUUAAUUAAACAAACAAAAAACAAAACAAAAUAACGCAAAAGCAAAAAAGGCAAUCGGCGGCCGCUAAAUUUUUGUUUUUGUUUUUGUUUUUUGCCGCCGGCACCGCACAGCCCCUCCAUACACGUGCUCUCUCUUGUUCUCUCUCUCUCUCUCUCUCUCGCUCGUUGCUGUGUGUGUGUGUGUGUUUGUGUGUGUGUGUGUGUGCGUGUACCGUUAAUCGUUGUCCGCGGAAUAUCGUUCCUCGCCGAUAGAAAGGGGCCAAGCAGGAGGCUCCUCCCAACCACCAGAAACACCCCCCACCACCACCAACACCACCUCCUCCUCCUCCCACACGGACAAGAUAUUCAACAACAAAAUUCUCACCGAAGCCUCCAAAGCGCCCCUCAGGGCUGUCGCGCUGGCGUCAUUUCUGGGCGACGGUUUUGCCGCCCUCGGUAGUAGCCGAGCACCGCCGGUCAAGGAUCUAAUGGCAUUCGGUGCGGUACUACACACAAAUCAGCACAGUAUCGGUCGCAGUGAACCGCCUGUCGGCGUGGGCGAUCCCUGUGCUGGGUGCAAUAAACCGAUCCUGGACAAGUUCCUGCUGAAUGUCCUCGAACGCGCCUGGCACGCCUCCUGCGUGCGAUGCUGUGAAUGCCUCCAACCGCUCACCGACAAAUGCUUCAGCCGCGAAUCGAAGCUCUACUGUCGCAACGAUUUCUUCAGACGCUAUGGAACCAAGUGCAGUGGCUGUGGCCAGGGUAUUGCGCCAUCGGAUCUGGUGCGUAAGCCGCGGGACAAGGUUUUCCACCUAAAUUGCUUCACAUGUUGCAUAUGCCGCAAACAGUUGAGCACCGGGGAGCAGCUGUACGUUUUGGAUGACAAUAAGUUUAUCUGCAAGGACGAUUAUCUGCUGGGCAAGGCGCCAUCCUGCGGCCACAAUUCACUGAGCGAUUCAUUAAUGGGCUCGGCGAGCGAAGACGAUGACGAUGAUGAUCCGCCGCAUUUGCGGGCCACGGCACUGGGAUUGGGCGUACUCGGACCGAAUGGCCCAGACUCAGCGGGUGGACCGCUGGGCACAUCGGAUAUAUCAGUACAAAGCAUGAGCACCGAUAGCAAAAAUACCCAUGACGACUCCGAUCAGGGCUCCUUGGAUGGGGAUCCGGAUGGACGCGGCGAUUCACAGGCGGAGAACAAAAGUCCCGACGAUGCCAAUGGCUCGAAGCGUCGCGGUCCCCGCACCACCAUCAAGGCCAAACAGCUGGAGGUACUGAAAACGGCAUUCAAUCAGACACCGAAACCGACACGCCACAUUAGGGAGCAACUGGCCAAGGAAACGGGACUGCCCAUGCGCGUCAUACAGGUCUGGUUCCAGAACAAGCGCUCGAAGGAGAGACGCAUGAAGCAGAUCACCAGCAUGGGUCGUCCCCCGUUCUUUGGCGGUGCACGCAAAAUGCGCGGCUUUCCCAUGAAUCUCUCGCCGGGCGGCCUAGACGACGGGCCCGGAUUUCCCUAUUUUGCAGCAGACGCUAAGUUCGAGUUUGGCUACGGCGGGCCGUUCCAUCCGCACGACGGACCCUAUUUCCCAGGACAUCCCGGCGGUCCGAUGCCGUUCAAUGCGCCAGGCGGACCCAUGGACCACAGCGGACCCAUUCCGAUGGUGAACGAGUUCGGACUGACGCCGGAGUCGACCUUUCUGAGUCAGGCGGGAGCACCGCCGAUGCAGCUGCAGACGGCCGUGGGGCCACCGCCGCCGCCGCCGCCACCGAGCGCCGAGCACUUGAUGGCCGCCGCGCAGCAACAGGCGGCAGCGCAGCAGCAGGCUCAGCAGCAGGCGGCACAGAAUGCGCAACAAGCAAGCCAAACGCAGCAGCAGCAACAACAAAAUGGCCCCCGCACCGCAUCGCCCGAGUUCUUGAGCUCCGCGAACUUCAGCGAACCGCAGAAUAUGCAAAAUGAAGGGCUCGUUUGGUAAUAUACGAAACAGUUGGCAACGCGCCUGCUGUUCCUCCAGACCUACACGCAGGAGAGGGAGAGGGAGCGGGAGCGUGAGCGCGAGAGGGAGGUGGAGCGGCUGCGGCAGCGACAGCGACAGCGAGAGCGCGAAGAGCAGUGAGAGGAAUAGCAGCCAGCAGCCAGCAGCAGCAACAACAGCCGCCGCCCACAGCCGAGGCACACACUAUUGACAUCUCGCUCUGGCGCACGGACCUCUGGCCAGAAACACGAACGAACGAGCAGCAGCCGAGAGAGAGAGAGA